AGGGUGAACUUUUUGUCAAUUUCAAAACUGGUCGUUCAAGUUCGUCGCGCGGCUCUGUUUUUUUAAAGCAAUGAGCUCUGCGCCGCAUCCAACCGUUUCAAGCAGUGCCACAGAACUUGAAAAAACUAAUCAGCACCUGCAACUACUUCGGAUUGAAUACUUGAAGUUACAAGAGAAACUUGCUGAUCUGCAAAAGCGUCACAGCCUCGUCGCGUCGCAGAACGAUGCCAAGAGUUCUUUUCCUGGGAGGCUGCUGGCGAUCGUCAGGGGCUUGUUCGACUCUCCGAGAUACUCUGACAUGAAUAUCCUUAUUGGGGAUGACGUCAAGCUUCGUGGUCACAAGUUCGUGCUUGCAGCGCGAAGUGAUGUGUGGGCAUCAUUGAUGAAGGCCGAGAACGAUGCGGCUUCAACGACAGAAACCGUGGAUCUGAGUCACUUGCCACAACGAGUGGGUUACGGGGUAAUGAAGUGGGUGUAUUCCGACGAGAUCGACUUUUGCUCCAACUCUGACGAGAAGUAUUUGUUGGGAGUGAUGGCUGUUGCGGGUCAAUUGCAUCUGAAAGAGCUGAUAGCAAGAUGCGAAGAACACCUGAUAGCAGCGGUGACCGUGAAAAACGUAGUGAGCUUUUUUACUGCCGCACAUGAAACCGGAGCAGAAAGGCUCAAGACGCAUUGUUCCGAACUCAUAUCGAGCCACUGGGCGGAUUUCACGAGAGAUGAUUUCCGUGACAUGAAUGCUCAACUUUUGCACGGAAUGCUGCAGCAGCACACCGUGUAUCCUUUGCAUUCUGCAAUUCGUCUGCAACGAGACGACGUUGUCUUUUUGCAUUUGAUUGAUUCGAAGGCUGCCGGAAGCUUGAACGAAGUGGACGAAUCCGGGAAUGUUCCGUUAAUGCUUGCCUUGUCUACUAAACAAUUCGACCUUGCCAGAAGUUUGGUGGAGCACGGCGCAGACCUAAAUUUCAAAGAUCCCCGAGGGUAUCAUCUCCUGCAUCAAGCCAUUAUGAAUGGGGACACGUUAACGGCAAAAUUUUUGUUGAAGAAUGGUGUGGAUUCUACCGCUGCCACUGGGAAAGAGGGUUCAACUGCGCUGCAUCUACUAGCCGGGAUCAGUUCUCCGAAGCAAACUUCCGUUGAUGAUGCGGAGGAUUUGUCGGUGCUUGUUGGAAUGCUGUUGGACAGGGGGGCUGACGCGAAUGCUGUGGACAAUCUUGGAAGGACACCUUUGCAUGUUGCCGUGGAUAACUUGAACUAUCGUGUGAUCAACCGAAUGCUGGAAAGGUCGGACCUGAUAAACUUUGAAAAGCGAAAUAGCGAUGGGAACUCUGCACUGUGGUUGGUCAUCAAAGCAAGUGCAGGGAAUGUCGCUGAAAGCACGCAGAGUGGCGAUUUAGUGCGGAAUAUGGUUAAACUCGGAGCCUCUGUGAAUUCUGUUCACCCGUCUAGUCAGGAUUCGCUGCUACACACCUGUGCUAGAGCCGGCUUUGAAGAAGCUUGUUUGUUCUUGUUGGACAACGGAGCCUUUGCUAACGUCACUAACCGCAGUGGCGAGACCGUAUUACACGUGGCAGCGUCAAGUGGAAUGUUCAAGGUGAUACAGCGAGUUCUGAGUGCCGGAGGAAAUCCGAAUCUCCAAACUGCAAAAUUCAUGGAUGCGGGCGAAAGCAGACCUGGUGCAGAAACGCCUCUUCAUUGUGCCAUACGAUGUGGAAAGAAGGACGCUGUCGAUGCCCUGCUGAAACAUGGCUUAACGUCAGCCAUUGGACUAGAUUUGGAAAUCCGCGAUUCGGAAGGCAAAACAGCUCUUGGCAGUGCGUUGAAGCGUGGAGACCUGAAAACCGCGAAGAUUCUAGUACAACAUGGAGCACGAGUGAAUGUUCGUGGGCCCAGUUCUGAUGGAAAGCAAAAAUCAUUGCUCGAACAAGCUUUGGAAGCCAGAGAUGAACCCUCCAUAUUGUUUUUGAUUGAGCAAGGAGUGGAGCUGCACUAUGCCAGUGACGCGAAUUGCAAAUCACCCUUGGUAAUGGCUGUGGAGCAAAACCUGAGCAAAGUUGUGGAAGCACUAUGUCAAAAAGGGGCCGCACUUAGUGAUAUCCCGAAAACGGAAGACAGUCCGUUGUGGUUGGCGUUGGACAACAAUUUUUUGGACGUUGCUUCAGUACUUGUUAGGAACGGAAUUGAUGUUGAGGGCUUGAACGAAGGUCCCGACGGUUGUUUGCAAACGUUGCUCCACAAAGCGAUCGACGAGAACAAGGAGGAAGCUGGAGCGUUUUUGAUUCGAAGCGGAUGUAACGUGGACGCCGUUAGGAAGCCUGGCCCGGACGGCAGAGGCGGCGAGGAAGCCCGUGAUAUGGCCACCCCGUUGCAUCUGGCCUGUCAGUGGGGGCAAGAGCUUAUCGUUGAAACACUCCUGGAAUUUGGAGCUAAUGAUGUCGACGGUCAAACCCCGCUUCACUUGGCAAUAGUGAACCGACACGAAGGGCUGGUGAGCCUGUUAUUGUCGCAUCCGGCAAUUGACUUGACGUUGAACGACAAAUUGGGUCGAUCGCCGCUUCACACAGCCAUGGUCAACCGGAAUAGCAAAGCCGCCACUGCUAUUGUGGAGCGGAAUCCCGCCGCCGUUAACCUCCAUGACAGCAAAGGGAAGACGUUUCUCCAUUCAGCAGUUCUUCGCGGAGAUUUGGAAGGUGUUUUAUUUUUGCUAUCUCUGCACGUCAACGUCGAUGCUGUCACAAAGGACUCUGAACGACAAACUGCGCUUCACCUUGCCGUGAAAAAUGGCACAGGCUCUGGAUCGAUGGAAGCAAAAGAGUCCAUCAUCAGACAUUUGCUGCUUGCUGGAGCGGAUCCGAAUGCUCUCACUCCUCGACGGCAAACUCCGUUGCAUUUGGCGGCAGCAAAUGGCGGUGCAGAAUUGGCAGAAGUGUUGUUGUCGAGCCAAGCUUCACCUGCAGCUGUAGAUGACGAGCAGAACACUCCACUGCACACUGCCAUGAAAAACAGCAGGUUUUCCGUCGUCAAAGUCUUGAUCUUGGACGACCGAACGGAUGUUCAUGCUGUGAAUCUGCGGGGUUACAAUUGCCUGCACGUGUUGUGCAAGUACGGGACGGAAAAUGCGGCUGCUAUUUUGGAAUGGAUGCUGGAGAAGUGCCCCGAUUAUCCUAUCGACCGACAAGACGCAGAAGGUCAUUCUGGCCUGUUACUUGCCUACAUGCGAGGUCACGCUGCUCUCUGCAAAUCGCUCGUGAAAACAGGCGCUUGUCUGGGUUUGCCCAAUAAGCUGGGUGUUACCAUUUUCAACUACCAAUUAGCCACGAAGACACUGUUGUACCGGUUGCUGGAUUGUGUCACUACUGAACCUCCGUGGGCUGAGGCUGAGUGCUGUUUGGAGUGUGGGACGAAGUUUUCGUUGACCACCAGAAGGCAUCACUGGCAAGUUUCGAAAACUGAUAGAUUUCAACUUCUCUAA